AUGAAAGGCUCCUCAUUUUGUUAUGUAUCAUUAUCAGUGUUAUCAAUUGUAUUAAUCAUAUUAAUUUCACCAACUGAUCAGGCCAAUAAUCCAUUAUGUAUUUCGCGUUUGGAAAAUGGAAAAGAGAAUAAUGUGACUUUUGUUUUUGUAGUGGAUCGAUCGACACCCAAAGAAAUUGUGAGUUUUUGGGGAGGAAGUAUCUAGGGAUAUUUUGUAAUUCAAAUUCAUUGUUUUUCAGCUCCCAAAACUAUUAUAUUUGUUGAAACAAAUUGGAUGUGCAAUUCCAUCAAGUUUAGAAGAAAGUGACAAUUUAUUAAUAUCAGUAAUGGAUUUAUCAAAUUAUCCAAAUAAUAUUCGAACAAAUUUGGCAAGUGGCCAACUUCCACCAGCUCUAUUCAACUUCACAACAAAAGCCGAACCAAGAAAUUCCAAAUUUUGUAAUCGUUUCCGUCGUGGAAUGUCCGAAAUUUUGCAAAAUGAUCAAUUGGGCAAAAAUGUGCAAUUUGUUGUGCCAAUUAUUGCAAGUGCUUCGGAUUAUGCAAAUUGUUCGAUGAUUGAUGUUUUCAUUGAGGAAGUUCGAAAUAGUUCAAGGAAAUUGACAGAUUUCGGGUUCAAUGGGAUUUUGGUUAACUCGCAAAAAUUGACAGAAAUCGAAAAGGAUAGGGAGAGCUUCUUUUUGGAGAUCAAGGAUAUUUCGAUUAUUGAUACAACUAGUGAGUUUGGGGAUAAUGACAUUUUGACACUUUUUUUUUGCUUCAAAAAAUUCCCUCAAAAUCUUUAUUUCCAGAAACAUCAAUGAUUUCUGACAUGGAUCCUGAUUAUGUUCAAGCCACUGGCGAAAUAAACCAGAAAAUAUUCGAUUUUAUUGAAAAAGCUAUCGGUUUUCGACCGGAGAUCUACGAUCUUAUUGAUAAUUCAACAACAACAGAAGAACCGGAAACAUCUACUGAAGUUAUGACUACAACUUCGAAGAAACCAACAACUUCGAGAAUUCCCAGCACCUCAACUUCUGAAGCUUCUACCACUCAAGUUUUGACAACUGAAACUUCUACAAAAUCAGCAACUGAAAUUAAAACAUCAAGUUCGACUUCAGUUCCAAUAACACCUGUAAUCAUAGCAAAAUCUAAUGAAGAACCUCCAACUGAACUCAAAAAAUCGAAAGAUGAAGAAGAUGUAUUCAAAGAUCAUUAUUGGCUAUUUAUAAUUAUCUUUCUUCUAAUUCUCAUUAUUAUUAUAGUUUUGCUCCUAUUUUUCUGUAUUUUCUGCUAUCGAAAAAAGGAGAAACAACAAGUGAAAUCACCAAAACCGAAAUCGAAUUCAAAAUCAAAAUCCAAGUCGACUUCUUUGGAAUUGAAAAAUAAUGAAAAAGAGCCAUUGAUGACACCAAAAUUGACAGAACCUAUGAUUAUUAAAGAACAAGAAGAUUUUGGUUUUGAGGAAGAAAAUGAUGAAGUUGAUGAGUGGAAUAAGGUUGGUACAUUUUUGGAUAUUUGACCUCACAAAAUUAAUUUUGGAUUUACAAUUGUACAAAAACAUGAAAGGAGCAUUUUUUGAUAUCCAAAAUGUUCAUAAAUAUAUUUUGAAACGUAUAAUUUCCCUCUCCUAUCCAAACCUGAAUUGUUUUCAGAUCAAACCAGGAUCGGCUGAAGUUCCAAUCACACCAUCGCCUGCAAAUUUCCCAAUAAAUCCAAGUUAUGAACCGAUUGAUGUAACUGAACGUCGGAAGAUUUGA